AUUGUUAGGGGUGUAUCAUUAUCAAAUGUGAGGAGAGAGGUGUCAUUUUGUAAAAAGAUAUUAUUACCAGUUAUUGGUAUUAUAGAGAACAUGCGUGGGUUUGUGUGUCCACACUGUUCAGAAUGUACUAAUGUAUUUUCCACUGGAGGAGGUGAAGAAUUAGCUAAACAAUGUCAAGUCCCUUUCCUAGGACGUAUACCAAUUGAUCCAUUGCUGGUUCAUGAUGUUGAUAAAGGGUUAAAAAUUCAUGAAUAUUCAUUAACCACCAGACAAUCAAUAAGUGACAUUAUUAAUAAAUUAUUAAUUAAUUAAGUUUAUUAAUUAACUUUAUAAUGUCACUAAUCAUAUACCAGUUAAUUUUGGACGCUGGCCCGGGAAUAAAUUUUGACAAAUUUUCC